GUGACGCCUGGUUGCGCGAGGACGUGAGGUUUCCGAGAGUGCGCAGUGGGUGCGUCGGCCACGACUGUUCGGCCUGCUUAGGGAGGGGGCGACACUGAGAUGGGGGCGGCGGCGGCGGAAGCGGAUCGCACUCUCUUUGUGGGCAACCUUGAGACUAAAGUGACAGAGGAACUCCUUUUCGAGCUUUUCCACCAGGCUGGGCCAGUAAUAAAGGUGAAAAUUCCAAAAGAUAAGGAUGGUAAACCAAAGCAGUUUGCUUUUGUGAAUUUCAAACAUGAAGUAUCUGUUCCUUAUGCAAUGAAUCUACUUAAUGGAAUCAAACUUUUUGGAAAGCCCAUCAAAAUUCAAUUUAGAUCAGGAAGUAGUCAUGCCUCGCAGGAUGUCGGUUUGUCAUAUCCCCAGCAUCAUGUUGGAAAUUCAAGCCCUACCUCCACAUCUCCUAGCAGGUAUGAAAGGACUGUGGAUAACAUGACUCCAUCAGCACAGAUAAUUCAGAGAUCCUUCUCUUCUCCAGAAAAUUUUCAGAGACAAGCCGUGAUGAACAGUGUUUUGAGACAAAUGUCAUAUGGUGGAAAAGUUGGUUCUCCACAUCUGGAUUCAUCGGGAUUUUCACCAUCAGUUCAGUCACAUAGUCAUACUUUUAACCAAUCUUCAAGCUCCCAGUGGCGUCAAGAUACACCAUCACAGCGCAAAGUCAGACAGAAUUCUCAUCCCUACCCUGCAGAUAGACAUUAUAGCCGUGAACAGCGUUAUACUGACCAUGGGUCUGACCAUCAUUACAGAGGAAGCAGAGAUGAUUUUUUUUAUGAGGAUAGGAAUCAUGAUGGCUGGAGCCAUGACUAUGACAACAGAAGAGACAGUAGUAGAGAUGGAAAAUGGCGCUCAUCUCGACACUAAUGAGUGUUCAAAGGACAUCGUUUUUAUAGAGUCAUUUUAGACCCUUUUGCCUAAAUUCUGGAAAUAUUUUGUUGAAAACUGUACAGAGCAGCUUUACAAGUUGCUGCAUUUCUUUAUAAAUUUUUUAAAACCUAUAGCUACAGUUUAAUACAGAAAUGAAAAGAAUCGUGGUUCCAAUUUUAUUACGCUAAUAACCUUUUACCUCAGGUUUUGAUGAAGAAGAAAGAGUUUUAUGCAAAAAUGCCUAAAUUCUUAAUCAUUUUAGAUAGUGUAGGAAGGGGCAAAUUAUAUAGAUUAGUUGUACUAUAAAGCAAAUAUUUUAAUUAUUUUUUUUUUGUAUUAUGAGAAAUUUCUGUUAGCAAAUCAGAUUUCAGUGUAUAUAACAGAAAACAUCCAAGUUGAUAGUCUGAAAUGAAUAUGAGUAUUUCGUGAAUAUGUUAGAAAAUACAACUUUUCAGUGAUUCAUUUUACUAACAUUUCAUUUUAGAAAGCUUAUUGGUACAGUUUGGGGAUAAAUCAUAUUGCAUAACUUCUUCGAGAACUUAAGUAUCAGUUCUGUGGCAUGCUCUUUUUAAGUUUUACCCUAAUAGAAUAUAUUCGUGUAAAUCUACAUGUACUGUUUCAUUCUAAAAAUUUAUAAUUUGUCCAUUAAAUCAUUUUGUAUGACUAAAGUUACUCAGGAAGUUAAAUAUUUUACAUGUAUAUUUUUACAUUAAAAAUACAGUGUUGGGGGCUGGCUGGUUAGCUCAGUUGGUUCAAGCUCAACCUUAUAACCCCAAAAUCAUGGGUUCGGAUCCCAUACCUGCCAGCCAUAAGAAAAAAAAAUGCAGUGUUGAUGUAAAUCCCCUUUUCCAGGAAGAACAAAAAUGCCAAAACAUGGAUAAAGUGGUAAAAUGUUUUACUGAAAGUAUACUUUUCUGGAAGAAAGAUUCAUGGAAGUCUUUAAGUGCUGCCUCUAUCACUCAAACUCUAAAAUUUUUUAACAUUUUCAAAAUUUCUAGAACUUCUGUACAAAGCAUUUUAUUAUGGAGAUUGUACAGGUUGCUUUUUUGUUUGAACAUUUGAAAGAAUUUAAUCUUAACAUUUUCUGAUUUUAAAAUUUUAAAGUCUUUAACAAAAUUUAUGUAUCAAGAUAUUCUUUCCCUUUCAUUGCAGAAUUGUUUAUAAAAAUUAAUUGCUUGAAAAAUUUGGAUCCUUUUUAAUACAGACCACAGCAUUUGUACUGUGUUGCUUUAUAAUAUAUUAACAUAAAAAGGGGGCAUGUGUCUUAUUUUUGACUUCAUUAACUUCAGAGACAUUGUAUGUAAAAAAAUUAGCAACAUACUGUUAUUCGGUGAUUGGUGUUAAGAAAUGUGAGUUCUUUAAUUUACUGCAUCCUGAAAUAUGUCUUUUGUAUGUAUUCAAUCUGAAGAUUUAGAAUCAGAUAUUCAGUGACCCCUGGAUUAUACUUUGGAGCACUAUAAACUAAUUUAGUUACCCUUCCUGGGUAACUAGAAGUGUAUGUACAUUCAGAUUUUCUGUGUUUCUAAAUCAGUUUUUCCAUCUCAGUAGAUGGAGCUAUUCAACUCAGUAUAAAGUUAAGAUAAACAGUUUGUUUACUUGAGCAAUUUAAAAGUAGGAUUUUUUCCAAUGAGCCUGUUAUUUUCAGGUAUCUUAUCUACAUGAAAACUUAGCAGGUUUGGAGAUAUUAACAAAGAUUAAUACUGCUUUAUUACAAUUUAUCUGUGAGUCAGAUCCGUUCAUACUGGUUCACAGGUGGUCCUGAUUCAUAAUAAUCUUUUUCAGUGGCUUUUGGUGGAAACCUUGUGAAGUUCCAGUUAAUCUUUUUCACUUCAAUUUCACCCUGUGAGAGUAAUCAAACUAAAAGCACGUACUGUGUAAAGUGAUAGAACAAGACAGCCUCAAAGAAUUUAAUAUAGUUGGUGAGACAACUCACCUAAGUAUUGAGAGCUAAAGAAAUCGGAAGGAGAUUUUUUGUGGGAGAGCAGUUUUAAACCAGUGUUUUCUAUGGAACACUAAUUUUAUGUGGUGUUCUGCAAAAUAAGGAUUCUGUAAUUAAAUGUUUGGAUCUUG